AUUUAUGAGCGAUCAAGAAGGUUGGCAUGAGCUUUGUGACCUGUAUCUGCAAGAACAGGAGUACAGUAAAGCUGCAAUUUGCAUUGAAGAAUUGAUUCUGCAUAAUCCACAUAAUCAUCUGCUACACCAACGUUAUGCAGAAAUAAAAUAUUCCCAAGGUGGUUAUGACAACAUGGUUACAGCAAAAGCAUACUUUAGCCAAGCAAUUAAAUUGAACCCUAAUAACAUUAGGGCUUUGUACGGUUUACUACUGACAGCUAACAACAUUGCCCUUUCACCCAAGUGUCCUGCAUCAAAGAAGAAGGAAACCAUAAAGUUGAGUGAAUGGGUUGCCAACCAAAUUGAAAGACAAUACAAAACCAAAACUGCUGAGGAAAAUAAGGAUACAAAAUGUAUAGAGGGAUUAUUAGCACAAUUACAGCUUGAGGCAUAGGCUUUUUUGUACAAAACAUUUAUGUAGGAAACAAAAUAGUUUUGCAAAAUUGUAGUUAGAUUUUUCAAAACCUUUACAUGUAAAUGUCAACAAAUACGAUUAUUUAAUUGAAAUCACAAAUUUAUCAUCCAGUGUCUGUGUACCACAUCAUAAAUAAAUGAAUUAUGUUGUUAAAUACAGGUGUGUAUGAAUUUUGGUUUUUAAAGUUUAAAAACCAACCCAUGACCUACCUUUACCUUGCCAUCUCUUGAAGUUUUAUAACCUAUAAAAAUCAAAACAUGUAACAUAACCUACGCUCCUUAUGUAUCAUACUUGAAACAUACCUAAACAAUGAAGGGCCUCAAAAGUAUAUUAUAAGUUAAAUUUUACUUCUCUCUAGUUAGUAAAAGAAAAUAGCAUUCCAAACAAUCAGUCAUGGCUCCACUUACAAAUUUAAUUUUAUGUAGUAUAAUUGAAAAAGACUGUAAUGGAGAUACAUUAUGGACUUGGAACUAUCCAAUGAUGAUAGAGUCGGAAAAAGCUAUUAUUAUGAAAAAAUAUAAUUCUCAAUCAGAGCAUAACAAUGUCCUGUCAUUUGUUUUUUCAAGGCAUGGACAAUACUGGUUUUAUAUUUGCAAUAGUGAAGCAGGAGCUUCCGAAAAGCUACAGAGGGUAAAGCAGUUUGCCAUUGUACUUUUGACAAGAGAUUAUUGUCCACAACAGUAUGAAAUACUUUGCCGAUUUCUCAGUAGGGCUUACAAUAAAAAUGGAAAUCCUGUAGAUACUCUUAAAUUAUAUUUGAACGCAUACACCAAAGGAUCCUUUGUUACGGUGGAUAAUGAAGUAUUUUCUUCAGAUGAUUUUAAAGCACUGCCAUUUGGUACAAUUACCAAUGUCAAAGGCUUGAUCAAAGUAUUUGAAUUAGAAACUAUAUUGAUAUACACUGCAUUGUUACUGAAGAAAAGAAUUGUGGUUUAUCAUCACAGCUUGGAACAAGUACUAAAGUGGAUUAAAUCAUUUCCUGCUUUGAUGAAACAUAGGAAAAUAACAGAUUAUCUUUUCUCUUGGGUAGAUCUAGUACAAGACGAACUCAGUGAAUUAAAGAAACAUUCCUUUUAUGUGGCUGGAUGUCGGGAUGGCUUGAUAUCUUCGAGACCUGAAUUAUACGAUGUAUUGGUGAAUCUCCCUGCAAGAGAAAUUAUUGUUUCUAAUCAUGCAAAAGAAAGUCUUACCAUGACAAAAACGCACAAAGAAAUUGCACUGUUUAUGGUGCAGCUCAGCGAAAAUCUAUCAUUAUCAGAAACACAAGUAAUAUCUGACAUUGCAGAUAAAACUCAAGAUCUUCUUAAUCAAUUAACAACCCUAGCCACCAUCGAAACCCCAGAAGGAGAAAAAAAAGUUCCCAUUCAAGCGAUCAAAGAGAAAAGUCUAGCACCCGCAGUCGAAAACUUUUUAAUCAACUUGGCUGUUGCCGAGAAUCUUCUUAUAAUGUGAUAUUAUUUUAUUUACAAAUGCAUUUACAUAUAACUAUUAAUUACUGUUUUCAAAUGACAAAUCGAAAUAUAUUUAUACAAAAAAAGGGUA